AUGUCGUCCGUAUUCACGGCCACGCUCCACCCUGGCGUCGCUUUGGGCUUCCUGGUUCUUGGCGCAUCGCUCCACGACAUCCUCACCCGUCUCAAGGCCGAGCCCCAGCGCUUCCCGAAGCUCGACCUGGUCUACUCGCCGACCCAGCCUGUCACGGAACCCGUCGUCCUCACCCUGCCGGCCAACGGCAUCAGGCUGCGCUUCGAUGGCUCCGAGCAGCGCCUCCGCCUCAUCGAGGUCGUCGACUUCACCAAGAACCGCAUCACCUACGGCCAUCCGGAGAAGGACAUCGUGAAACCGCCCGCCGGCCCGGGCCAGGGCGUCGCUUCCCCCAAGCUGGGCGGCGAGUCGACCGCGGGCCCUGGCUUCCGGACAAUCUACCACCGCCUGAUGGGCCCUACGUAUGCCGGCGAGUACAUACCGCCGUCUGACGACAGCAAGAACGCCGUGGGGACAUACGUGCUUUCAUAUCCCGGUGUCGCCUUCAGCUUCCCCCUGCCCGAGUCCGCAUAUUCGCCCGAUAAGGACGUGGUGUCCCUGCUCUCGUCCUCUGCGAGCCAGACGGCUACUUCGAUGGCUGUCUUUAACGGCAAAUCAUGGGCCGAGGCCAGGGAGACGCUCUGGACGGAUAUCCUACCUAGCGUCAAGUCCACGUUUCUCUUCAACAAGAGCAAAGAUGUUGUGCCGGAUGAGAUAUCCCUGGUCAAGAUACAUGGCGGCGGCAGACUGCAGCUGUUCAAGAAGUGGACGAGUGCAAGCGUAUGGAUCACGCUCGGCGAGACCACGCCCCAGGAGCUUGUCGCAGAGCUAGGGCCCCCCGAUGCCAUAUACCGGAAGAACGACCAGAGGAUGUAUAUCCACAAGACGAGAACAGCGAGCAACAGCAGGUCGAGGUCCAACGGGCCAGACUACAAGCGGCCCGACGACCUCACGGACACGGACCAGUCGUCCGCUCACACCGAGUCCGAGAACUCCGACGACGAAGCUAUAGAGGACGAAUUCGUGGGGAACGUGUCUCGGGAGUGUUUCUACAACUACUUCUACCUGGGCUUUGACAUACUCAUCUCGCCCCCGGUGGCCCCUUCGCCGCCACCCCCAUCACAGCAGGCCGCAACGAACGGAUACGCUAUACCAGGGGAUAAGAACAUCAGAGCAGACAACCCGGAUCGCCUUGUGGCCAGCAAGGUCGUCCUCCACGCCAACGUACCCGGCUCGUACCCCUUCAACCGGCACCGCCGCUGCCGCUGGGAGAUCGGCUACCUCUCGUCCCCGUCGCCGCCGGACCAGCAGCCCGUCGCCAGCUCGGAAACGCAGUUCAACGACCUCGAGGAGCGCCUGCGCGAGGCGUGGAAGAGCACCUUCCCGGCCGACUUCGACGCCAACAAGCGCCAGCGCGGCAUGGUGCUGAACCGCGGCUGGGGCGACAGCCCCGGCUCCAGCUGCGAGCUGCUGGGCGGCUGGGAGGACAGCAGCGGCGGCAUGGCCGCCAAGAAGUUCGACGGCGGCGACGAGUCGACCACCACGCUGUACGGCUUCCCCGGCCUGGUCUUCGAGGUGCUGAAGAACGGCUUCGUGAGCGCCGUGACCGUCUUCUGA